GCAGAACAGAGAAAGUUGAUUUCAACAGCCCGUAUCAACAGUUCCAGAAACUCUUUUUGCGAAACCCUCCCUGCCGGGAAGGGAGAAAAUAAACCACUGGACCCAGGGUUCUGAGUCACAUCUGCCCCUACCCAGCACCAUGAAGUCCGGCGGGCUCUUGCCGGUGGCCGUUAUCCUCGUCCUGGGGAUCCUUCAGUUAUCCUGGGCUCAACGGGGAAGCUGCCCUCUUGACCACAAUCACUGCAUCCUACCUGUGCCGAACCAAUGCAAGGCGGACCAGGAUUGUUCAAGAGGGUACAAAUGCUGCUACUUUCACUGUGGCCUGAAGUGCGUGAUUCCUCGGAGAAAUGUGAUAAAAAAGGGGAGAUGUCCCGUGGUGAACAUCCGCUGCGCCAUGCUCAACCCUCCUAACCGCUGCCUGAAGGAUUCCGACUGUCCCGCCAGGAAGAUAUGCUGCGAGGGAGCCUGCGGGAAGGCCUGCGUCACCCCAGAAAGAAAUUGAGCGGUUGCGGUUGAGAUGUCUGCAGCUCUAAGGCCCAACAGGACUCCUGCCCGGCUCCCUGCCCCCGGACCACCCCUCUCUGUCUCUCCCUGACUUUCGAGGGGUGGGCGAGACAGGGAGGGGGUCUUACCCUUGCCCCUCCUGCUGGAGCAACUGCUUUCUCUAUCUGGAACCAAUAAACAAACCCCAUCUCCCCCCAGCCCCAGCA